CAGCUUACAAAUUUCAUUCAGAGCGACUUUAUUCUCAAAUUGUCUCGAUAUUGCAAUUUUUACAUUUAAAUUUGAUCUCAUUAUAAAUAACCCCUAGCUAGGUUAGAACUUGUAAUUUUGUCUAAAGAGAAUGGCAGUUGUGAGGCUAAAACCAUUACUUUUACGUGUGGUGCUCGUGUCUUCGUUAAUAACCAAGGUGUUAGCCACUACAAAUAACGUUGGUUGGGGACUAAACGAAGAAACUGAUAUUGAAGAGCCUAAUGUAGCUUUAAACACCGGCCAAAACGCUUUAGUUUCCACGUUCCCUACGGAAACAACUACUGUCGUGGCUGGAGAAACAGCCACAAAACCGUUUCAAAACACGGCGGUGGACAAGAAGGAUGAGAUUGAAGCGGGAAGAGAACCUAAAACCCCUGGCGAGGUUGAGGUUAUCGAUGGAAAAUACUAUGGAAUCGUUAUCGAAAUUAAAGACGAUGUAAAAGAAGAUGAUAAACUCAUCGAGGAACUGCAGAUAAUGCUGAAUUUAUCAUCCUCUGUGCUGAGGGAGCUCACAGCGGACAAGGCAGGCACGAGGCCUCUGGAAUUUGGUGAAGUGACCAUCAGCAUCCCACACCACUGGCAGCGUCAAGAACCUACCCUGCAGGUUGCGGUGCAGUCUCCGUCGGUGGUGGUGUCAGCGCCAGACCCUCAGUACGGACACAUCCCGUACACCCUGCAGCCUGGUGGAUGUGGAGAAGAGGGACUCUACAUCCACCUCACCCCUGACUACGUCAAGAACAUGCGGAGUAUUUUGGCCACGUUGAAAAUCGGCGCCCCUAGGAGAGUAUUUAUUCACGAGUGGGCUCACUACCGCUGGGGCGUGUUUGAUGAAUACGUCGACUCGCCCUCUCGCAGACCGAAUGAUGAAUGGCCGUUCUACUUGGACGAUGAUUUACAGAUCCGAGCUUCAGCUUGUCCUAGAAACACCACAGGGUGGAUUGCUCGCCGCAUCGAUUCUACAGCGUCCUCUGUGAUGUUUCCACUUACGAAUGUUACUGUUCAACCCGAAAGGAUCAACUCUGCACUAGGGCUUUGUCUAGCUAGGAAUAACGAGAGCCUGCCUCCACAAGACUGCUUUUUCUACCCAGAUCCUGACCAGGCGGUGGUUAGGUCCCUGAUGGGCUACUUAGGAGGCAAAAGGGAGAUAGAGGAGAUGAUUGAUCGUUUCUGCGGCACCGCCCGAGUGCCCCACGACCCAGAGGCCCCGACGCUCCACAACUUCAUGUGCGCGGGACAGUCGGUGUGGGAAGUCAUCAGUUCGCAUAGAGACCUCGCCCCCAAAUGCAGCAACGACAGCCGACAAGAGAAGGCUUCUCACUCUUCCGUCAGCAGUAAAGUCAAGUUUUACGUACGAAAAAGAUUUCAUUUCACUACCCUGGCUGUCGUACUCGAGUGUUCGGCGCCGCAACUGCAGCUCAUUUCCGAUCAGCUGGAAUUGUUUCAAAGCACAGUUUCAACGCCAAACCUGGUCGUGAAAAUAAUUUUCGUACAAUCGGACAGACGUCCCGACAAUUACUCAGCGACCCAAACAUCCGUUGGUUCUUCGACUGACCUCAGUGAAAAAAUGAUGCCCCCUGUUGACCCGAUUCAUUUGUAUACGACUAAUUCAUUUAAUGAAUCCAUUGAAAGAAACGAAAGUGAAGCUUAUCUUGGAUACACGCUUAUGAAUUCAAGUGGAUCAAGCAGUUAUGAGACCAAAUAUCCAUCAUCAAACGAUGUCAUCGCGGAGUGUAACGCCUCUAGUCCACUCGUAGAGGAUGCGCUGCAGUCUCUGCUGUCGGAAAAUAAUUCUCUCGUCGUGGCGGUGGUUGCGAAGACUGACGACCUCGUCGCGCGCGUCUCUGCGAGCGUCAGGCCAGAGACCAGCAGCGCUCUGCGACUCCUCUCUGCUGCAGGAGACUGUACACGUGCAAACGAUCAAUGUCUGUCGUUCGACCCCGCAAGCAUGGAUUUAAGCGAAAUUCUCACGUCACUUCUUCGAACGCUCAAGUUUGAAUCGGACGCCAUAAAAACUGCAUCGAGCGACAGACAAACAAGUUAUAACAUCGCCAGGCCAAUGGCUUCGAAUUUGGACACAAUUGAUAACAGAGACAUGAAGAACAACGGCUCUGUUCGCAACAGGAGGGAUGACAAUAUGGGCGGCAACAGGAGGGAUGAGAACAUGGGCGGCAACAGGAGGGAUGAGAACAUGGGCGGCAACAGGAGGGAUGAGAACAUGGGCGGCAACAGAAGGGAUGAGAACAUGGGCGGCAACAGGAGGGAUGACAACAUGGAUGCCAACAGGAGGGAUGACAACAUGGAUGCCAACAGGAAGGAUGAGAACAUGGGCGGCAACAGAAGGGAUGAGAACAUGGGCGGCAACAGGAGGGAUGAGAACAUGGGCGGCAAAAUGAAUGAUAACAAAAUACGAGUCCACAGGACGGAUGAAAACAUGGACGGAUCAGGCCACAAAAACGGAAGGUUCAACGCACGCUCCGUCCUCAGAGAGAUGGUCUACUCCAAAGACCUCAUCAUGGCGCCCGGGUCCACGAUGUGGUCCGCGUCAGAUGUGGUCUUCCUGGACCACUGUGUGGGCCACGCGGUCCUGCUGCUGCAAGGGCCGCCGCAACUACACAGCCUCCAUCUCUCGCUGUCUAAGCCCGGGCGCAAUUUGUCGUUGACCGCUCGGCCGCUCCAGCGCAACAACAGCAGGAGCAAAGUCUUCCAGUUGCACUGCACCGAGGAAUUGCGAAUAUCAACUUAA